GCAUUUUUGGUGGCUUCUCACUCACCUUACACGUGGCGAACUACAGCAGCCGAUGCACUAGAGCGCAGAAAGAACAGAGUCGUAAGAGCCGCGGCGGAGUGUGUGGGGUUCGUAGGGUUUAAGGACGGCCUUUUCUCCUUCCUUAAACCCAUCAAUUCACAGCCUAUAUCAGCUGCCUACUUCAACCCCCGGCCCCGGCCACUAUUUAAUUCAUAUGGAAUUGCAAUCAGCGUGUGGCUGGGCCCACAAUCAACUCUCAUUCCCUGUAACUUCUCCAUUUCAUCCUCGCAAAGCUCCCCUUUUACAUUCAGCACCAAAGAAGCAGCUCAACGCCUCUGUUGCAUUCUCAAAGCAAACUCUUUUGUUACAAAAUGAACUAAAGUUAAAAUCGAGGUUUAGGAGCAGGACUGCACUGUGUGCUCUUAAUUCUGAGCUACCUCGAACAUCGACGUCUCCACGAAGGGAGCCUAGAGAUGUGCAGGUGAAUGCAAUUGACGGGUCGGAGCCAUUUCGUGGUAAACCGGGUUCAGUUUCUUUUCUGGGGCUCACUCACCAAUCGGUUGAAGAAGGUAAAUUGGUAUCAGCUCCUGUGGAGGAAAAUGUAGGGUCUUUUGUUUGGGUAUUGGCCCCUGUUGCUUUGAUCUCAUCUUUAGUGCUCCCGCGGUUUUUUCUUGGCAAUGCUGUUGAAGACCUCUUCAGGGAUGAACUCCUCUCAGAAAUUAUUUCAUCACUCGCUUCUGAAGUCACGUUUUAUAUUGGGCUUGCAACAUUUUUGCGUGUCACUGACCACGUCCAAAAGCCAUAUCUGCAAUUUAGUGCAAAGAGGUGGAGCCUAAUAACAGGGCUUAGGGGAUACUUAACCUCCGUUUUCUUUAUUACGGGCUUUAAGAUUUUUGCCCCUCUCUUAGCCGUUUAUGUUACCUGGCCUGUGCUUGGCUUACCUGCAUUGGUGGCAGUAGCUCCCUUCUUAGCUGGCUGUUUGGUGCAAUUUUUAUUCGAAAAGCGUCUUGAAAGCCGUGAGUCUUCCUCCUGGCCCCUAGUUACCAUCAUCUUUGAGGUUUACAGGAUCUAUCAGCUUACCCGAGCAGUUCAAUUUAUUCAGACCUUCAUGUUUGCGAUGAAGGAUGCACCCAUUACCCAACAAUUGCUAGAAAGAAAUGGUGCAUUGGUUUCUUUGAUAGUGACUUUCCAAAUAUUAGGUGUGUUUUCCCUGUGGUCAUUGUUAACAUUUCUCCUGAGGCUGUUUCCUUCCAGACCGGUUGCAGAGAACUAUUGAAGUAUGUGGAGGAUUUGUUAUCAUUUCACUUUACCCUCCUCUUGCGCUGACAACUCAGGAGUGUUGUAUGGUAGUUCGCGGAAACUUCUUUCAAUCCGAGCGUUAGGCUUAGUGCCUCUUCCCUUCCUGUCACAGGUUAUUAAGGGUACUUGGCAAUUUUGGCAGUCCGCAGUUGUUUACUUCUUGGUUCACUGUUUUCACACAAAUUUCCAGGAAGUCGGCGUCCGAGAAAGAAUGAACGAUAAAAAUGCUUUUCGCUCGAGCAAGAGAAAGAGACAAAUUGUUCUUGUACGAUCCAGAGAACAAGUCAGUGGUCAUUAUCAGCCAUAGGUUGACAAGGUUUUAAAUUUUUUGGUGGAAUGACCAACGAAUAUCCCUUCUGGAAAAAGCAGUCCUCUUACUUUUCAUGUACAAUCUCACCAUCGAGCUUAAUAGCGAACAUGAUUCAAUCUCUUGUCAUUCA